UAUUAGGUUAGCUAGGGUUCAUGAAAUACUUUGAAUAGAUUGAAGGGAGGGAGGAUGGUGGAAAGUAUAUCACGGGAGAAGCUGGCCGGUCUGAUUCAGUCGGCCAAAACAUCAACUGAUAUACCUUCAAAACUGGACACCUUAUUUCAACUCAAACACCACUUGAAUCUCCUCACCGAACAACAACAACAAGACGAUGAAGAAGGUGAUGAAUUAUUAGUCUCGGACCUCCUUCCUCAACUUAUUCUUCACUUUCGCACCGACCGCUCCAGCCCCGUUCGCCUUUCCGUUGCUCAGAUUGCUGGUGACGUAGGGUUAAGUUACACUCAUUUGUUACCCGAGAUCGUGCCUUUAUUCAUCACUCUAUUACGAGAUGCUACCCCCGCGGUUGCCAGACAAUCCAUUACCUGUGCUAUCACUUUGUUCCGUCGUGUCCUUACCAAAAUCGCUAUCCAGGGUUUGUUUUCUACUGAGUUAGAUGAUGCUCUCGAGUCUUCAUGGGCAUGGAUGUUGAAGCUUAAAGACGAGAUAUAUGCCAUGUCCUACCAGCCUGAAACCGAUGGGAGGAAGCUGCUUGCGCUAAAGUUUGUUGAAGCCGUUACGCUUUUAUAUACAGCUGAUCCUAGUGCUUCUGCUGAACCCCCUCCCUCGGAUCAUACUUCUGGAGACGAGUUUAACAUAGCAUGGCUUCGUGGAGGCCAUUCCAUACUUAAUGUUGGUGAUUUAUCAGUUGAAGCUAGUCGGAAUUUGGGUUUGUUGCUUGAUCAGUUAAGAUAUCCAGCCGUGAAGUCACUCAGUAAUAUGGUGGUCAUCGUGCUAAUUAAGAGUCUUUCGACCAUUGCAACGAAGCGACCUGCAUUUUAUGGACGGAUUCUUCCAGUUUUGCUUGGUCUAGAUCCAGCAAACUGUGCUGUGAAAGCGGGUCGAGUUUCUGGGGUGCAUCAUACUUUAAAGAAUGCAUUCCUCUCCUGCUUGAAAUGCACACACCCGGGUGCUGCACCGUGGCGAGAUCGUUUAGUUGGAUCACUUAAAGAAAUGAAAGCUGGAGGGUUGGCUGAAGAAGCCCUUCAACAAGUUUCUCGUGGUAAUUCAUCUACUGCACGGGAUGUAAAACCCUCAAUAGAAGUAUGUGAUGCCGUGCACUUGCCUGCGGUUAGGAAGAGGCCUGAAGUAAAAGAUGAUGAUGUACCUGUAAAGCGUGCCAAACUAACACCCACCUUGAAUGACGAUUUGAGCUCAUCAAGCAAAGUAAAAGGAAAUGUAGACAACGGACGGGUUCAGCAGCUUGUUGCUAUGUUUAGUUCAUUGGUUGCACAGGGUGAACAGUCUGCUUCAAUGUUAGAAGUUCUUAUUAGUAGUAUAUCUGCAGACUUACUAGCGCAAGUAGUAAUGGCCAAUAUGCCAAAUCUUCCUCUAGUUCGUCCCAAACAAGAAGGAGAUGUAGAGUUACUCAAGACUGGGUCCCAAGAUAAUGAUCUAUCUGUAUAUCUGACAAACAUGUUAUCACGCUCUACUACUUCUGAAAAUACACAUUCUGCAUUGGAGACACACAUUGAUGAGAAGCCUGAACAUGAGGGUGAACUGCCUGCAGCAAAAGACGCUGUAUUACUUCAGUUUGCAGCAAAAGACAGUGUUUUACCACAUUCUGCUAUGGAGCAAGAUUUGAUUCUUUCGGAACCUACUGCUGAUAUAGCGUCAGUAAUGAGUGUUAGCUUAGCAAUUCCAUGUGAAAAUACCAAUGUGGGGGAACUUGAGAACGGAAUACCAGGUCUAGAUUCCUCAACUCGGGAUGAUGAUAUGCCUGACAUCCAGGUUGAUGCUGCAAUGAUUUCUGCUGACUUGGAAGAAAAUAGUCAAGAGCAAGUUACCAAAUUAGGCACUUCAUCGAUGGAUUUAGUUCCUUCAUUGUCUACAGAAAAGUCUGAGGAACUUAGUCCAAAAGCAGCUAUGGCAGAAGCAAACAGCAUCAACUCCUCAACCGCAACUUCUAUUCAGUUUACACCUAAAGUCGUCCUGCCAAAGAUGUCUGCCCCUGUUAUUGGCUUGACUGAUGAGCAGAAAGAUCAUUUACAGAGAUCUGCUUUCAUACGUAUCAUCGACGCUUAUAAGCACAUAGCAGUUUCCGGAGGUUCACAUCUUCGCUUCUCGUUACUUUCACAUUUAGGAGCCGAGUUUCCUCUUGAGUUGGAUCCUUGGGAAGCUCUGCAAACACACAUACGGUCAGAUUAUACUAGUCAUGAGGGCCACGAGUUAACCUUACGUGUUCUGUAUAGAUUAUUUGGGGAGGCCGAAGCAGACCAUGAUUUCUUUUCUUCAACAACAGCAACUUCUGUAUAUGAAAUGUUCCUUCUAAAAGUGGCAGAAAUACUCAGAGACUCUUUUCCAGCAAAUGAUAAAUCUUUAAGUAUCUUGCUAAGUGAAGUUCCUUAUCUGCCUAAAUCAGUUCUUAAGAUGUUAGAGUGCCUGUGUGUUCCUGGAAACAGUGAUAAAAAUGAGGAGUUGCACAGUGGAGAGAGAGUCCAUCAAGGUCUCAGUAUUGUUUGGAGCUUAAUUCUGCAUAGACCACCGACUAGAGAUGUUUGCUUAAAAAUUGCUUUACAGAGUGCAGUGCACCACUUGGAGGAAGUGCAAACAAAGGCAAUACGAUUGGUGGCAAACAGGCUUUACCCUAUACCGUCUAUUUCUCAGCAAAUUGAAGAUUUUGCGAAAGAAAUGCUGUUAUCUGCAAUGAACGGUGAUCAUUUGAUUGAUACGGCCAGUGCUGAUGAAUCUAAUGCGGAAUUAGCAAAGGACGUUAUGGAAAAACAUUUAAAUGAGUCAGUAAGUGCCAUCACCAAGGAUUGUACCUCUGAGGCCGGUCAACCACAAUCCGAAAGCAUUCCAUCCCCUUCAAUAACCGAUGCACAGCGGUGUAUGUCACUGUAUUUUGCCCUUUGUACAAAGAAACAUUCUCUUUUCCGUCAACUUUUAAUCGUCUACAAGAACAUGUCAAAAGCUGCAAAGCAGGCAAUUACCGUCCAAAUACCCAAACUAGUUCGCACCAUUGGGCCUUCACCUCAACUUCUUGAAAUUAUUGCUGAUCCACCUGCUGGAAGUGAGAACCUUCUGAUGCAGGUUGUGCAAACGUUAACAGAUGGGGCUGUUCCUUCUCCUGAUUUGCUAGCUACCAUUAGAAAGUUAUAUGAAACAAAGUUGAAGGACGCAGAGAUUCUUAUCCCGGUGUUACCGUUCAUACCAAAAGAUGAGCUUCUUCAGAUCUUUCCACGCUUUGUAAAUCUUCCAGUGGAUAAAUUCCAGACCGCACUUUCUCGUAUCUUACAGGAAUCAUCUCAGAGUGGUUCAGUUCUUACACCAGCUGAAGUGAUGAUUGGCAUCCAUGGCAUUGAUCCUGAGAAAGACGGGAUUCCCCUUAAGAAGGUUACGGAAGCAUGUAACACUUGCUUUCAGCAACGACAGAUAUUUACCCAACAAGUUCUAGCGAAGGUUUUAAAUCAACUGGUUGAGCAGAUUCCUCUUCCAAUGCUAUUCAUGCGCACUGUAAUACAGACAAUUGGUGCAUUUCCUUCUCUGGUGGAUUUCAUAAUGGAGAUUUUAUCUCGUCUGGUGAGCAAGCAGAUUUGGAAAAAUCAAAAGCUUUGGGUAGGAUUCUUGAAAUGUGCUCAGUUAACCAAGCCUCAGUCUUUCAGUGUGCUACUGCAGCUUCCUCCAGCACAACUUGAAGUUGCAUUGAAUAAACAACCUGUACUAAAAGGUCCAUUGGCUUCAUAUGCAAGCCAACCAGACAUUCGAUCUUCACUUCCAAGGUCCACACUGGCAGUUCUUGGAAUUCCACAAGACUCUCAAGAGGCAAGUCGGGGGCAAAUGACCCCACUGACACAGUCUCAGGCUCAGUCACAUACAGAGUCUCAAGCUCAGUCACAGACAGUGUCUCAAGCACAAUCGCUGACAGAGUCUCAAGCACAAUCACUGACUGAGUCUCAAGCACAAUCACAGGAGCAAUCUCAGGCACAAUCACAGACACAGUCUCAGGCACAAUCACAGUCUCAGGCUCAGUCACAAACUCAGUCUCAGGCUCAAUCGCAGACAGUAGAUACAGGCAAUUCAGAGAAAGAAGUAGUGACUGAGGAACCAAAACUAUCAAGUAUCAGAUGAGCUGGUAUCCAACUAGUACUUGUAUGUUUAUAACUUGUGAGUACCUUUUGUUACUUCGUUAGAGGCUCCAUCCUCUCGAUUGUAUAAGGAGGCUUUAACUGCUUAUAGUCAUAGGAGAUUCCAUUGUGAACUCUUUUAGUUGACCAUGUAUUCAUAGUAAUUUAUCAAAAACCCUUUUUCUA